AUGUCACGCCCACACCUGUCCCGCCCCACACAUCACGCCCACACCUAUGUACGCCCACACCUAUGUCCACCCACACCUGUGUCACGCCCACACCUAUGUCACGCCCACACCUGUCCACACCCAUGUCCCCUACACCAUGUCCACGCCCACACCUAUGUCCACGCCCACACCUGUCACGCCCACACCUAUGUCCCGCCCACACCUAUGUCCACGCCCACACCUAUGUCCACGCCCACACCUAUGUCCCACGCCCACCUAUGUCACGCCCACACCUAUGUCCACGCCCACACCUAUGUCACGCCCACACCUAUGUCCACGCCCCACACCUCAUAA